AUGGAAUUACACCAAUCAAAUGAGGUAUCUUCGACUAGCGCGCAGGAUACCUCCCUCGAGUUGACUGCAGGUUUAGUCAGCGGACAUCAAAGCCUGUCUGUUGUAGAGAACAUUUCCGAUGAGGAAGAUGACAACGAAAUCGUAAUCACGGGAGAGGCUGAGGAAUCUGACCCUUUAGACGACUCUGACGAGAAUGAAGAGGAAGACUUGGAGACUGUGUUUGGAUAUAAUGUGGACCUCGUUGCUCAAGAAGGUCAAAAUAAGGACAAACCAAUCUAUACACGCGGACUGCUCAACGACGUGAAACUAUGCGCUGACCAGAUCCGCAAAGAGUUGUCUUUAGCACCUAAUCGGCGUGAACUUCAUCAUCUAGACGACUACGGACUGAAUCAGAAAAGCUACAGGGUCUGGGGAUCGCAUAACAAUCGUAAUGAUAACUACCUCCAGGUCGAAUAUCUCUCCCGGGUAGAGAUGCAUCCUGACUUCCAGCAUCGCUAUGGGAAAUACUCGGACCAGAUUAGAGCUCUCCGAAGGUACAAUAAAGAUCAUAGGGAUGAUUGCUUCGACACGCCGUAUACGUUUAUAACGUUCCAUCGGCAAUUCUUAAAUGAGCAUAACAAUAUAGCUAAGAUGAGAGAGUAUUGGAGUGCUUUAAUGCAUACGAAAAGUCUCUGGGUCCCAAGAAUGUCCAGAAGGAAGCUCCAAGAAACUUUCCAGGAGACAGCCAAGACUUGUGCGCCGAUUACAAAGGUCUUGUGCUUUGGACUGGGUGCGUUCAAUUUAAACAAGAAGUUCUACCACUCGGCUAUUCAAUAUAUGGCCGUUUUCAGCAUUAUCCAGGCUCUUAACGAGUUUUACCUUCGAAACGACGCAAAUCGGGCACCGAUAAAGCUUGUCCUGCAAGAUCCGAAUUACGAGCUCAAAGACCACCAGCUCUUGCGAAAGCUGUUCCACAGCGACGACAACAUCAGCUUCGUAUCUGAUCCAGAGGGCUUGCUUGCGAUCGACUCGGGUACACUGGUCGUCACAGCUUUCCUCCCUGUCCAGAUGCCUCUUGUCCAAAUUAUAGCAGACUUUUUCUCAAAGGACGCUUCGAAAGGCCCUGUGGCAAUGAUAUGCGACACCAUGACCGUUGAUACCGCGAAGCGAGAAUACUCACUGAGUGAUCGCGCAUCACCAGCUGCUGCACGAUUCCUCACAAGCCAUUAUGAGAAGAUAGAGGACGAAUUUGAAGAACAUGGGUUAGAAGAUGAGCUCAUGGCAGAUACAUAUGGAGACGGUUGGGAAGAGAAGAACAGAUUAUAUUGGUUGAACAGGAUGGACUUAUGGGUGCGAAAGACCGGCACGAAUUAG